AUGCGGCCCUUUGCUACAGUUGAAACCGUCCCAGAAGAAGACGCCAUGAAGGACGGCGGUCCCCCUAACAGCAACAACACAACCACUGCGUUUGCAUCCAUGCCACCCGAGUCCACUAUCCGUUCAAACGACAACACCAGCAGCAGCACGACCCCUCCCCCCGUCUCCCACAACGUCCCCGAAAAGCCGCAGUCCGUCUCGCCCAACGCUCCAGCAAACCCCAAAAGCAUCUCUACCCACGCGUCUCCCACGCUGCGCACGCCCCAGAACCCGUAUCUGUCCGGUCCCUCGCCCGACCUCAUCUCCUCCAUCUUCCCCAACGAGCUCCCGCGCCGACCCGCGCCGAAACGCGCGCCGUUCAAACGACUCCUUCGCAUGCCCGUACGUGUUACGCCGGUGCGCCGCCACGACAAGCACGAGGCGGGCACUGCACAGACGGAAUUCCAGAUGCUGGAUAUUGACUUGGGGGAGCAGCGUCAGCGCGAUCAUCAGGAGCAGGAGCAGGAGCAGCAGUCUUCUGACACGUCUGCGCAGCAAGAGCGAAUCCGGCGCAUCAAGUUCUGGGCGCUGAUUCUCGGUGGAACACUGCUUUGCGUCAUGAUUGGUAUGCUGGUGUACUUGAUUGUUAGUAUCAGGGAGGUUGUGGCGGAGGACCGUGGGGGACGUUAG